UAUUCCCUGGGUUUGUACCUGAAUAAACGCUCUGUUGCCAGCGUCGGGCCUGCAUUUCUAAGGUAAGAACAACACUGCAGCAAGUAGGUGAGCAUCAGCAUCAAAGCAAAAAAAAAGGGUUCUGUCUUUGGUUCAGGAGCAGAAAAUGAGCGCAGAUGGGGAGAUGUCGAUGUUCGGGCUCGCUGCCCAGUUCCUGCGGAAGUCAGAGAAGGAGAGGAUGGAGAUCCAGUCUCGCCCGUUUGACAGCAAGACGGCCUGCUUCGUCAGUGAUGAGAAAGAGCUGUAUGCCAAGGCUGAGAUCCAGGACAAGGUGGACGGCAAAGUCACCGUCAAGACCGAGGACGAGCGAACUUUAACCGUGAGGGAGGACCAGGUGUUUCCCAUGAACCCCCCCAAGUUCGACAAGAUCGAGGACAUGGUGAUGAUGACGCACCUGCAUGAACCCGCCGUGCUUUUCAACCUCAAGGAGCGUUACAGCGCGUGGAUGAUCUACACCUACUCUGGCCUCUUCUGCGUCACAGUGAAUCCUUACAAAUGGCUGCCGGUCUACAACCCUGAGGUGGUUCAGGCCUACAGAGGGAAGAAGAGGAUGGAGGUCCCCCCUCACAUCUUUGCCCUGUCUGAUAACGCCUACCAGUUCAUGCUGACCGAUCGUGAGAAUCAGUCUAUACUUAUAACUGGAGAAUCUGGUGCAGGCAAGACCGUCAACACCAAGCGUGUGAUUCAGUAUUUCGCCACGAUUGCAGUUCCUGCCGACAAAAAGAAGGAGACAAACAUCAAAAUGAAGGGGACUCUGGAGGAUCAGAUCAUCCAGGCCAACCCGCUGCUGGAAGCAUUCGGCAACGCCAAGACUGUGAGAAACGACAACUCGUCUCGAUUCGGUAAAUUCAUUCGGAUUCACUUCGGCACCAGUGGUAAACUGGCCUCCGCAGAUAUUGAAACAUAUCUGCUUGAAAAAUCCCGAGUGACGUUUCAGCUGGUGGCUGAGAGGAGCUAUCACAUCUUCUAUCAGCUUACUUGCAACAAGAAGCCGGAACUUAUUGAUCUGCUUCUCAUCACUACCAACCCCUACGACUUUGCCUUCGUCAGUCAAGGGGAAGUCAGCGUCAAAAGCAUAAACGAUGCAGAUGAAUUAAUGGCCACAGAUGAGGCCUUCGAUAUUCUGGGUUUCACCGCUGAAGAGAAGGCGUCCAUCUACAAGCUGACUGGUGCCGUGAUGCAUUAUGGGAACAUGAAGUUCAAGCAAAAGCAGCGCGAGGAGCAGGCAGAGCCCGACGGCACUGAGGAGGCUGACAAGGCUGCGUAUCUGAUGGGUCUGAACUCAGCUGAUCUGCUCAAGAACCUCUGUUAUCCCAGAGUAAAAGUUGGGAAUGAGUUUGUUACCAAAGGGCAGAAUGUGCAGCAGGUGUACAACUCCAUCGGUGCCUUGGCAAAAUCAGUGUAUGAGAAGAUGUUUGUGUGGAUGGUGAUGCGCAUCAACCAGCAGCUGGACACGAAACAGCCCAGACAACACUUCAUUGGAGUCCUGGACAUCGCCGGCUUUGAGAUCUUUGACCACAACAGUAUGGAGCAACUCUGCAUCAAUUUCACCAACGAAAAGCUGCAGCAGUUUUUCAACCACCACAUGUUUGUACUGGAGCAAGAGGAGUACAAAAAGGAAGGGAUCGAGUGGGAGUUCAUUGAUUUUGGUAUGGACCUGGCAGCAUGCAUCGAGCUUAUUGAGAAGCCAUUGGGCAUCUUCUCCAUUCUCGAGGAGGAGUGCAUGUUCCCAAAGUCGACAGACACAUCCUUCAAGAACAAACUCUACGACCAGCAUCUUGGUAAAAGCAACUGCUUCCUGAAGCCCAAAGCAGUGAAAGGAAAGCCCGAGGCUCACUUCACCCUGGUGCACUACGCCGGAACUGUGGACUACAACAUCACUGGCUGGCUGGUGAAGAACAAAGACCCUCUGAAUGAGUCGGUGGUGCAGCUUUACCAGAAGUCGUCGGUCAAAAUCUUGGCCAUGCUGUAUGCCAGCUUCUCUGGAUCCAAUGACACAGCUGGAGGAGGAACCAAGAAAGGAUCCAAGAAGAAGGGAGCAUCUUUUCAAACAGUGUCGGCUCUAUUUAGGGAGAAUCUCGGAAAGCUGAUGACCAAUCUGAGGACGACUCAUCCUCACUUCGUGCGGUGUUUGAUCCCAAACGAGACAAAAACACCAGGAAUUAUGGAAAACCUGCUGGUUAUCCAUCAGUUACGCUGCAACGGCGUUCUGGAGGGCAUCCGCAUCUGCAGGAAAGGCUUUCCCAGCAGAAUCCUCUACGGGGACUUCAAGCAAAGAUACAGGAUCCUCAACGCCAGUGCCGUUCCCGAGGGGCAGUUCAUGGAUAACAAAAAAGCGGCGGAGAAACUGCUGAGCUCGAUCGACGUGGAUCACACACAAUACAAGUUUGGACACACUAAGGUGUUUUUCAAAGCCGGCCUGCUGGGAGCGUUGGAGGAAAUGAGGGAUGAGCGGUUAGCCCAGGUGGUGAUGUCCACUCAGGCUCUGUGCCGUGGACACCUCGUUCGUCUGGAAUAUCAGAAGAUGAUCGCCAGAAAGGAGGCAAUCUACACUAUUCAGUAUAACUUCCGUUCAUUCAUGAACGUGAAGCACUGGCCAUGGAUGAAGCUGUACUUUAAACUCAAACCUCUCCUGAAGAGCGCUGAGGCCGAGAAGGAAAUGGCUCAAAUGAAGGUGGACUUCGCCAAACUCAAAGAAGACCUGGGCAGAUCAGAAAACCGCAGGCGGGAGCUUGAGGAGAGGAUGGUCUCCGUUGUGCAGGAGAAGAAUGAUCUUCUGCUCCAAGUCCAAGCAGAAGCAGACAACCUGCAGGACGCAGAGGAAAGAUGUGAAGGAUUGAUCAAAAGCAAAAUACAGCUUGAGGCCAAACUGAAGGAGGUGACGGAGAGGCUGGAGGACGAGGAGGAGGCCAACGCCGAGCUGACAGCCAAGAAGCGGAAGCUUGAGGAUGAGUGCGCUGAACUCAAGAGGGACAUCGAUGAUUUAGAGCUCACCUUGUCCAAAGUGGAGAAGGAGAAGCACGCUGUUGAAAACAAGGUGAAAAAUCUAACUGAAGAAAUCAUGAGCCAAGAUGAGAACAUCACCAAACUGUCCAAAGAGAAGAAAGCGCUGCAGGAGGCUCAUCAGCAAACACUGGACGACCUGCAGUCAGAGGAGGACAAGGUCAACGCUUUAACCAAAGCUAAAACUAAGCUGGACCAGCAGGUGGACGAGCUGGAGGGAUCGCUGGAGCAAGAGAAGAAGGCUCGUAUGGAGCUGGAGAGAACAAAGAGGAAGCUGGAGGGCGACAUGAAACUCGCCCAGGAGUCCGUGAUGGAUCUGGAAAACGAGAAGCAGCAGCUGGAUGAAAAGUUGAAAAAGAAAGACUUUGAGUCGUCACAGCUGCAGACAAAAAUAGAGGAUGAACAAGCUCUCGGUGUUCAGCUACAGAAGAAAAUCAAAGAGUUGCAGGCUCGAAUUGAAGAGCUGGAAGAGGAAAACGAGGCCGAGCGCUCGGCUCGGGCGAAGGUGGAGAAGCAGAGGUCUGAUCAGCUCAGGGAGCUGGAGGAGAUCAGCGAGAAGCUGGAGGAGGCCGGAGGAGCCAACGCCGCCCAGGUGGAGGUCAACAAGAAGCGCGAGGCCGAGUUCCUGAAGCUGCGCAGGGACCUGGAGGAGUGUGCGCUGCAGCACGAGGCCACGUCAGCAGCGCUGCGCAAGAAGCACUCGGACAGCGUGGCUGAGCUGGGAGAACAGCUGGAUAACAUGCAGAGGGUCCGGCAGAAGCUGGAGAAGGAGAAGAGCGAGCUGAGGCUGGAGGUGGACGACCUGUCCAGCAACAUGGAAACGCUGGCUAAAGCAAAGAUCAAUUUAGAGAAAACGUGCCGUGCACUCGAAGAUCAACUGGCCGAGGUGAAAUCCAAAGAGGAGGAGCAUCAGAGACUAAUACAUGAUCUUUCUAAUCAGAAAUCUCGGCUGCAGACGGAAAAUGCUGAAAUGUCUCACCAGCUGGAAGAAAAAGAAUCUUUAAUGUCACAGCUAACCCGGGGGAAGCAGGGCUUCAUUCAGCAGACCGAGGAGCUGAAAAGGCUCCAUGAGGAGGAGGUGAAGGCAAAAAACGCCCUGGCUCACAGUCUGCAGUCGUCUCGCCACGACUGCGAGCUUCUCCGGGAGCAGUACGAGGAGGAGCAGGAGGCCAAGGCCGAGCUGCUCCGCGGCCUGUCCAAGGCCAACGGCGAGGUGGCUCACUGGAGGACCAAGUACGAGACGGACGCCAUCCAGCGCACCGAGGAGCUGGAGGAGGCCAAGAAGAAGCUGGCAAUACGUCUGCAGGACGCGGAAGAGGCCGUGGAGGCGGUUAACUCCAAGUGCUCCUCCCUGGAGAAGACAAAGCAGCGGCUGCAGGGAGAGGUGGAGGACUUGAUGAUGGACGUGGAGCGGUCCAACGCUGCCGCCGCUGCCCUGGACAAGAAGCAGAGGCACUUUGACAAGGUUCUGGCUGAGUGGAAGCAGAAAUAUGAAGAAAGUCAGGCUGAGCUGGAGUCGGCUCUAAAGGAAGUACGUUCACUGGGCACCGAAAACUUCAAGAUGAAGAACGCUUUCGAGGAAUGUCUGGAGCACGUGGAGACCUUAAAGCGGGAGAACAAGAACCUGCAGCAGGAAAUAAUGGAUCUCAGCGAACAGCUGGGGGAGACGAGCAAGACCAUCCACGAGCUCGAUAAAUGUAAGAAACAGGCGGAGCAGGAGAAGCUGGAGGCUCAGUCUGCUCUGGAGGAGGCGGAGGCCUCACUGGAGCACGAGGAAUCCAAAAUCCUGCGGGUCCAGCUGGAGCUGAACCAGGUGAAGUCCGAAGUGGACAAGAAGGUGGCUGAAAAGGACGAGGAGAUCGAGCAGCUGAAGAGAAACAGCCAGCGCGCGGUCGACGCCAUGCAAAGCAACCUGGACGCCGAGGUGCGCAGCAGGAACGACGCCCUGAGGGUGAAGAAGAAGAUGGAGGGCGACCUCAACGAGAUGGAGGUCCAGCUGAGCCACGCCAACCGGCAGGCGGCCGAGGCGCAGAAGCAGCUGAGGAACCUGCAGGCUCAGCUCAAGGAGGUUCAGAUCCAGCUGGACGACACCACGAGGGCCAACGACGACAUGAAGGAGCAGGUGGGUGUGUCCGAGCGCAGGAGCAGCCUCGUGCAGGCCGAGGUGGAGGAGCUGAGGGCGGCUCUGGAGCAGACGGAGCGGAGCCGCAAGCUGGCGGAGCAGGAGCUGCUGGACGCCGGCGAGAGGCUGCAGCUGCUUCACGCGCAGAACACCAGCCUGCUGAACGGCCGGAAGAAGCUGGAGGCUGACUUUGCCCAGGUUCAGGGUGAAAUAGACGAGAUGAUCCAAGCGGCGAAAAAUGCAGAAGAAAAAGCCAAGAAGGCCACCACUGAUGCGGCCAUGAUGGCCGAGGAGCUGAAGAAGGAGCAGGACACCAGCGCGCACCUGGAACGGAUGAAGAAGAACCUGGAGGUGACGGUGAAGGACCUGCAGCACCGCCUGGACGAGGCCGAGAACCUGGCCAUGAAGGGGGGGAAGAAGCAGCUCCAGAAACUUGAAGCCAGAGUGCGAGAGCUGGAGAAUGAGCUGGAAGCAGAACAGAGACACGGAUCAGAAUCUGUGAAGGGAGUUCGCAAACUGGAACGCAGGAUUAAGGACCUCACCUAUCAGUCGGACGAGGAGAAGAAAACCGCCAUGCGGCUGCAGGAGCUCGUGGACAAACUGCAGCUGAAGGUCAAAGUGUACAAGCGUCAGGCCGAAGAGGCGGAAGAACAGGCCAACGCGCACCUGGCCAAACUGAGGAAGGUGCAGCACGAGCUGGAGGAGGCCGAGGAGCGAGCCGACAUCGCCGAGUCCCAAGUCAAUAAGAUGAAAGUCAAGAGCCGCGACGCGGGCAAGGCAAAAGACGGCGAUUAGUCACCGGCAGCCAUGAAGAGCCUGCUUUACUCUCUACAAGUAGUAGUAUUGCACUUUGCAAUAAGCAAUAUGCCACCAAGAUGGCUUUUAUGUGUUAUAUGUUGAAUCAUAUAUUUUCUGUUAGGUGGAUUUUGACAUAUGACACCUGCCU